AAGUAGCAUAAUGAGGUGAAGCCUACGCAUGAUUCAGACUUACAGUUCACACAGCAACAUAAGCUGCUCGAAAUAAAUGCAAUGGCAACAAAAAUUAUUUACUUUACAGUAAAUGGGAGACCUGAGCAAGCUGAGUUCCCGGUGAAUUGUCCUGCUCAGGAUGUCAAAGAUCUGUUCCGAUCCGCAGCUGAAGCCGGUCCACAUGACAUCUUAAAGCUUUACAAUCCUAAAGGCAACAUCAUCAACAUCUCACCCAACCUGGAGCCGAACAAGCCUAACACUUGCUACAAACUGGAGGUGGUGGCUUCUGGCUGCAACAGUGAGCCAUUAGGUGUGGAGCUUGCUGGUGCAUUGGGAUUUGAUCUCUCAUCUAUGGAGAAAAGACUCAAAGGCCUGGAAAAGAAAAUCCUCGAUGAAGCAGGAACUACACCUGCAGUCAUCUAUGAGAUGAAGAAACAGGUGGAUUCAUUCCGGGAGAAACUGGAGAGUGUGGAGCAUCUUAGCUGGCUUGGGUUAUUCAAGGACUUGUCAGAGGCAGCGCACAAGCCCUCUCCAUUCUACCACAAGAGAACAUUGUAUAAAACAAAAGAGGAAUGUGAGCAUGUGCGUGAAAAGUUCCUUCAGAUGAGCACUCUGGAGGUAACGGAAGAAGUGAGGCAGUACUUGAAGACGCCAACAUUUGACAACUGGCAAUGGGAGGAUGCGGAGAUAAUGGUCCUUCUGCAAGUCAUGUACACAGACUUAGAUUUUCUCACGACCUACAAUAUUGAACCUGAAGUAUUACAAGAGUUCCUGUUUGAAGUGUACUGCAGAUACAACAACAUCCCCUUCCACAACUUUAAGCAUUGCUUCUGUGUCACCCAGAUGAUGUAUGGUUUAAUCUGGUUGACUGACCUGAGAAGUAAGAUGGACAGCAUUGACCUGCUCAUCAUGCUGACCUCUGCAGUUUGCCAUGAUCUUGACCACACUGGCUAUAACAAUGCAUAUCAGAUCAAUGCUCGGACGGAACUUGCUCUACGCUACAAUGACAUCUCUCCCUUGGAGAAUCACCACUGCGCUGUAGCUUUUGAUAUACUGGAGAAGACAGAGAGCAACAUCUUCAGAAAUCUGUCUCUAGACCAGUACAAACGGAUAAGGGAAGGCAUUAUUAAGUGCAUUCUGGCCACUGACAUGACAAGGCACAAUGAGAUCCUCAACAAGUUCAAGUCCAUUCUGUCUAUGUUUGACUUUGACAACAAGGAUCACAAAGAUGUGCUCAUGAUGAUUCUGAUCAAAGUGAGUGACAUCUCGAAUGAAGCCCGCCCCAUGGAAGUUGCAGAGCCCUGGCUGGAUUGUCUUUUACAGGAGUUCUACAACCAGAGUGAUGUUGAGAAGUUAGAGGGUCUUCCUGUCACCCCUUUCAUGGACCGAGACAAGAUAACCAAACCUUCAUCUCAAACGGGGUUCAUCAGAUUUGUGCUUUUGCCGCUCUUUCGAGAGCUGGCCAACCUCUUUCCCUGUCUGGAGCAACACCUCAUGGACCCAGUACGAAAGGCCCUGGACUACUACACUGAGUUGGAGAAAGCCCUGGAGAAAGAGAAAGCAAACCGGGCUCCGUGUGAAAAUGGAUUCAAGAGCAAAGAGAUACCAGUGGGCCAGCUGAGUACAGAUGAGUGUCAGAACUCUGCAUCUGAAGCCUCAAAAACAAACACACAGUGUUUAUCGUGACUAAAAUAUUCGACAAUACUGUAUGUGUAAUACUGUAUGUGUCUUUUGACAUGGACCCUUCAUGUUUGUAUUUAGAGCCAGGCACACACGCACGCACACACGUGCACACACAUGUGCACAUGUCAUUUUGAGUCAACAGUGUGGCGGAAUGCAUUUUAUCACUCUUAACAUGUAUGUUGUGAUUGAGCAAAAUUUUAUGACUUGACUCGAAAUUUGGUGGCAACUUGUCUUGACUCCAAGCGGCCCGGUAGUCGACUGGUUAGCACGUCGGCCCCACAGUGCUGAGGUGCAGGGUUGGAUUUUGGCUCCAGCCUUCCUGUGUGGAGUUUGCAUGUUCUCCCCAUGCCUGUGUGGGUUUUCUCUGAGUACUCCUGUUUCCUCUCACAUUCGAAAAAUGUGCAUGGUAGGGUUAAUGGAAUACUCUAAAUCAGGGGUGUCCAAAGUCGAUCUUCAAGGGCCGCCGUCCUGCCUGUUUUCCAGCUCUCCCGGCUGCAACACGCCUGAUUCAAAUAAUCAGGAUCGUUCCAAUGCUGUUUCAGAGCUGGCCGAUGAUCUGAUCACCUGAAUCAAGUGUGUUGGGGCCGGGAGAGCUGGAAAACAGGCAGGACAGUGGCCCUCCAGGCCUGGAGCUGGACAUUCCUGCUCUAAAUUGUGUGAGUGGUUGUUCAUCUAUGUGGGCCCUGCGAUUGGCUGGCAACCAGUUCAGGCUGUACCCAGCCAAGUGCCCAAAGACAGCUAGGACAAGCUGCAGCACUGUUCUCGAUAAGUAGAUUUGAAAAUGGAUGAAUUGAUGGAUAAAUUCAGUCACUAAAUUAAUCACUUUUUGUGGAUCUCAGGGGACGGCCAUCUUGACACUUGUUGACUGAAAAUGACAUUACUGUUGCUCAAGUAAUGACCAAUCACGGCUCAGCUUGUGAAUGUCACGUGAACAAACUCAGAAAACAGAUGACAUAUGAUUGUUCGUUAUCUGAGCUCUGAGUAACUGUGAUGUCAUUUUCAGUCAACUAUGGCAAAAUGGCCGCCUCUUCAGAUGGAUACAAGAGGUGGAUUUUGCUGCCGAAUUCAUAUUCCACAAACACAAUAUUCAGCCAUAUAGAACAUAUUGUUAAAAAAAAGAAGAA